AUGGCAGCUUCAACACCUUCCAACCACUUACUCAUCUUUGGGGAUCAAUCCGUUGAGAAAUUGACGGCAAUCCAAGCCCUUGUACAUAGCUCAAAGUCUGAUCCAGCUGCCAGGAGGUUCUUGCAGGACGCGAUUGAUGUCAUUCAGCUCGAAUUUAGUCGACUGGGACCAGGAGAACAUGGUUGGCACAGGACCUUGGACUCUCUUCUGGGAAUCGCAGAGGAGUACGACGCUUCAAAUGACGACAACAUCAUUGUCUCAACCGCAUUGGCAUGCUCUGGAAGACUGGGACAGCUCAUAUGUUACGCCCAUGAUGAUCCGACCACCCUCGGCUCGACCCUGAAGCCAGUCGAUGUCAUCGCUCUAUGCGGAGGUCUCCUUCCGGCGGCCGUCGCAGUGGCAGCCCAAGAUACCAGCGAGCUAUUCCCACUAGCCCGGGAGAUUCUUUCUGUGGGCAUCAGGCUAGCUGCCCAGGUCAAUCGACAUAUGAAAUUGAUCGACCAGUCACCAGAAAGUUGGGGAAUAACAUACACUGGAAUUUCAUCUGUCACUGUUCGGGAUAUUCUAGAUAAGUUCCAUGAAUAUCACCAAUUGACAUCUUGGUCACCGGAGAUCAGGAACGCCUCCCAUAUCCGAACUGAGGUUACGGGUCCCAUUCAUACCAAACACGCGCCAAAGAUCGACGUUGACAAAAUUCUUGGGAAUUCGCCCCUCUUGCGCCACCCAAUCGAUCUCGCCAAAGCACGGAUGUUUUCGCCAAGCUCGUGCAAGCAAUAUGUUCACCUGACACUGGGUGAUCUCCUGGGGGAGAUUCUGGAGGAUAUUGCGCACAAUGUUCUCCGCGUCACUGAUUUGGUCCACACUUGCGUGUCCACGCUAAACGUGACAAAGGAUGUCACACUGUCAGUGAUGGGCCCAACGAAUCAUUUGGCUGCCGUCAAGAUGGCUUUGCAAGCCAAGGGGGUUAAAUACCAAGUCCGACCACCGGUGGCAACGUCCCAGAGCGAGAACAGCCGUGGUGGUUCUGACCUCAUUGCAAUCGUAGGAAUGGCGGGAAGGUUUCCUGGCAGUGAAACAGUGGAUGGCUUUUGGGAAGAUCUCAUGGGUGGGAAGUGCCACAUAAAGGAGGUCCCAAAAAGCAGAUUUGACCUCGACAGCUGCUAUGAUUCCAAUGGAGAGGAGAAGAACUCGACCACUGCGAGACAUGGUGCUUGGAUCGAUAAACCAGGCUUCUUUGACUACCGACUCUUCAACGUGUCGCCACGAGAAGCCGCGCAACUGGACCCAGGCCACCGGUUACUUCUCAUGGUCGCUUACGAGGCACUACAAGCUGCCGGUUACUCGCCGAACAGCAGCUUGGCAAAUGGAAGCUCCAGAAUCGCCUCCUAUUUUGGUCAAGCUGCGGAUGAGUGGCGAGAGAUUCUUAAUCAGAAAGGAGCCGAUAUUUAUUACGUCCCUGGUUUCAGUCGAGCCUUUGGUGUUGGCCGGCUCAAUUUCCAUUUCAACUGGAGUGGCGGCGCUGUCUCGCUUGACACGGCCUGUUCGACCAGCUCGACAGCCGUCAAUCUUGCGAGGUCAGCCCUGAUAGCACGCGAGUGUGACAUGGCAUUAGCUGGCGGCUACUCAGUCAUCAACUCACCCACCGUAUUCUCAGGGCUGAGCAGAUCGGGCAUGUUGUCCACCACAGGCGGUUGCAGAACCUUUCAUGCCGAUGCCGACGGGUACGCCCGGGCAGAGGGUGCCGGAGUCGUCGUGCUCAAGAGACUAGAGGAUGCUGUUUCCGACAAUGACAAUAUCCUUGCUGUCAUCAGGGGGUCGGCUAGAAUGCACAGCCCUACCGCGGAUUCCAUGACCCACCCGAGUGCUGCGUCCCAGCAGAUGGCCUAUAAUGAAGUCUUGCGGCAAUCCGCGUUGAGCGCGGACGAAAUUGCUUAUGUGGAAAUGCAUGGAACAGGCACACAAGCUGGUGAUUUUGAAGAGAUGAGUUCCGUGAUCAACACGCUUGCCACACGACGAAAGCGAGAUAACCCUCUGACUGUCGGCGCCGUGAAGGCUGCCGUGGGCCAUGGGGAAGGCGCGGCCGGUGUCACAUCACUCAUUAAAGCGAUUCUGAUGCUGAGAGAGCGUGAGAUACCCUCUCAGCCUGGUUGGCCCUUUACACUCAACCCGAAUUUCCCACCUUUGGCCCAACACAAUGUCAGAAUAUCGACCAAGACCAGCCCCCUGAAGCCGAGCCCCAACGGUGACAAGAAAAUCAAGCUGCUUGUCAACAGCUUUGAUGCCUCGGGAGGUAAUACUGUCAUAGCCAUUGAAGAAGCCCCAUCCCGUCCGUCGAAACGCAAGGAUAUCCGAGCUUGGCAUACAGUAGCCAUAUCCGGCCGAACAGCAAAGUCUUUGCAUGGCAACCGUGAGAGACUUCUGGAUUAUCUUGAGAGACAUCCCGAUACAAAGCUGGCAGAUUUAGCCUACACGACUACCGCCCGUCGGGUACACGAACAGCUUCGUGUAGCCUACACUGGGGAUUCCACCAAGAGCCUCAUCAGCCAGCUACGACAAGAUACGAGCAAACAGUCCAACGUACCAAAAACAAGUUUCAGGCCUCGAAAGUGUGUUUUUCUCUUCACUGGCCAAGGGUCACAUUAUGCCGGCAUGGGGGCUGGACUGUUUCGAGAAUGCCAACAAUACCGGGAGGCUCUAAUGUCGUACCAAGAUAUGGCUACCAUGAUUGGGCUGCCAUACUUCAUUGACAUAAUAUCGGAUCCCAAUGUUGAUAUGUCUAGGCAGUCGACAGUCAAGGUCCAAGUUGCCCUGACGGCUCUGGAGCUGGCUUUGGCGCACCUCAUGAAGUGCUAUGGCAUUACCCCGAGUGUUGUUAUCGGGCACAGCCUUGGCGAGUACACAGCACUCUGUGUUGCUGGUGUUCUGUCUGUCAGUGACACACUGCUCCUGGUCGGCAACCGAGCAGCUCUCAUGGAGAAGCACCUUCAUCCCAACACCCACGCCAUGGUGGUGGCAAGCGUGACGGAGCAACAACUUGAGAAAUGCUUCAGUGAGCUGAAACUUGACUCGUGCCAAGUCGCAUGUUUGAACGCUCCAUCGAUAACAGUAGCCAGCGGGAAGGUGGACGAUAUCGAAAGAGUCAAAGCCCAACUAGGGACAGAGGGUGCAAAGACAACGCUACUGCGUGUGCCUUAUGGCUUCCAUUCCGACCAAGUGGAGCCAAUACUAGAGGAGCUGCGACAAAUCUCCAGAAGAACGAGAUUCCUGAAGCCCGAUAUUCCAAUCGCCUCGACUCUGUCAGGAAAGAUUGAGAGAGAAGCAGAUGUAUUCUCCGAUGAUUACCUGACACGCCAAACUCGUCAAAAAGUCGACUUUGUAGGAGCACUUCGAGCAUGUGAGGCAGCGGGAUUCUGCGAAGAUGACUCUCUGUGGCUGGAGAUCGGACCUGAACCUAUCUGUUUGGGACUCGCUCGCAACACUUUGCAUAUCACUGCAUCCCGAACUCUCCCAGCAUUAAAAUCCGGCGAGAGCAACUGGAAGACGAUCUCUUCGAUUUUGAAGCGAGCCUACGAGUCGGGUAUAUCAGUCAACUGGGCCGAGGUCCAUAAGGGGUUCAAAGAAUCGCUGACAGUAUUGGACCUACCCUUUUACGCUUUCGAUUGUCAAGACUUCUGGGUGCCUUAUGUGAAGCCAGAGUACGUUACGGAGUCUUCGAGACAGGCCGAUCCGGCCCAGGCGGCGAAGGCUCGUCAGUUUCUUACAAACUCUAUCCAACACGUGGAGGAUGAAACGGUAGAGGGUCAAACGAUCAAAGCCGUUUUCGUCUCAGACAUCUCCGAUCCAUUUCUUCUCAAAGCCAUCCAAGGGCAUGCUGUCCUUGGCCACACGAUCUGCUCCCUAGGUGUUUUCCACGACAUGGCACUUACUGCUGCCAAAUAUGUCUACGGCAAGCUACACAACCAGGCCGAGCCACCAACCAUGUGUAUUCGUGGAAUCAACAUAACGCAGGCACUCAGCGUUGCCGAUACGCCUAUUGACUCGGUAAUUCGUGUCAAUGCUUCCUACCAUGCAACUGAGAAUGGCGCCCACAUCCAGUUCUACUCCCAGACAGGAGACAAGACCUCACUUCAUGGCGAAUGUCGAGUCGUUUUCGAUGCCGGUCCUAUGUGGAAGUUAGACCCACCUCAAUCAUUUCUUCUGGCCUCCAGAAUCAACUGGUUGAAAGAACAAGCGAGAUUGAGAGGAGCGCAUUUGCUCCUCAAGCCCAUCAUCUACCAACUUUUCUCAAAUGUUGUCACCUACUCUUCAACGUACCAAUCGUUAGAAGAAGUCACCAUGGAUACUAAUUGCAACGACGCUAUUGCUACAGUGAGAAUUCCAGAAGUAUCUGAGCUGGGAAAAUACCACUUGAGUCCCUACUGUGCAGAUGCUUCUGUACAGCUCACUGGAUUCGUCCUGAACUCGGGCUUGAAAUAUGCAAAAGAUCUCGUCUGUUUGGCUACUGGAUUUGACUACUGGCAAUCCACCAAAGGCCUCUCAGCCGGCAAGACGUAUACGGUUUAUGCCUGUCUGCAGGAUACUCCCAACAGUCAUCUCGUCCAGGGCGAUUGCUACGUCUUCGAAGAUGACGAGAUGGUCCAGGCCACUAGGGGGAUCAAAUUCUUGAAGCUCAACAGAGUUGCCGCAAGUGGGCUUCUAGGGAACCCGGAGGCCACGCACAAAGAGCCAAACAAAACUCGCUUGGAACUUGUAGGCCAGGCCACAGAGCUAUCUCGGACUCGUGGCAUCCCUAGAGCACACAAAGACACCAUGACUGAAAAUCCCCAAACAUGGCCGGAGUCAUUGGAUACAACCGAAAGGCAAACAGACAUUGAUGCUGAAGCUUCUGCUGUCAACAUUGCAGAAAAGGUCAACCUGAUGCUCUCUAUCGUUGCUAAAGAAAGUGAAUACGACAUAAAUGAGAUGACGGACGAUACAGUAUACACGGAUCUUGGCAUCGACUCAGUCAUGGCAAUCAACAUUUUAGCGAAGCUGGCUAGCCAAGCAGACAUGCAACUCCCGGCAGCUUUCUUCCUGGAGAACAAGACGAUUGGGGACUCCAAGCAGGCUCUGCGAGAUCUACUCGGCGGUGAAACGGAAACUUCCUCCCCAGGGACUGCUGUGGACGAGCAGACAUUGUUUUCUGUCGCCCGAAGUUCGGAAACUGCACAGCUUUCUCCUUUAACAUCUUCUGUCUCGUCAACGCUCAGGCAUGGUUCAAUUACGGUAUCAAGCGAGUUGACAUUGGAAGAAGUCAAUCCACCAAAAGUUGAUGAAAUACCGGAAAGAAGAGAUCAGAGCUCUCCAGAACAUUUUGAACCAGGACUUGUCUGCAAGGUCAUACAGCAUCAAGGAGGCCGGUCCAAAGACUCCAACAAGCUAUUUCUUGUGGCAGACGAGACAGGGUCAACACUCGAGUUUAUCCACCUCCCUAAAUUGGAUGCAAACGUUGCAGUCUACGGCGUUGAGUCUCCACUAAGCGAGAACGUCGAAGACACCGAAGUCACAUUCGAAGAGCUGACGAGCAUCUAUCGGGCGGCGAUCCAAAAGGAACAGCCUUCAGGACCGUACCUCAUAGGUGGGCUUUCCGCAGGAGCCAUCAUCGCGUAUGAGGUUGCCCGGCAACUCUUGGAAGCCGGAGAGAAAGUCCAAGGAUUACUGAUCCUGGACUGUGAUUCCACCAGGAUUGAUAUCCCAAGUACGCAGGCCGCUGACACAGAUGUGCCCAUGUUCUCGCUCGCAGGGCCAGGUCAGAGAGAACAUAUCGAAAAGAUAAUCUCACUCUGCGAUUCAUACCAACCCAGGGCCUUGUCCAAACCGAAUGGCCCAAGAUUCAGCGUGCAGGUCUUCGCGAAAGACCAGCCAGCUAGCUCUAAGUGGCAGGAUCUCAUUCCUGGCUUGCGCACGCAAGAAAGUGAUAUUGAGAGCGGCUCAUUUCUGGAGUUCUCCUCGAUUGCUUCACUUGGCAAAAUUUGUCAACAGGUGUUGAGUCAAAUGAAGGAGGAUCAAGAUUGA